AUGGGUGUUCAAAAGAAAACUCGCAAGUUUGCGGUUGCUAAGCGUACUAUUCAACUCCGGGAUAACCGUCUAAAAGCUAAUGACAAGUCCGCCAAGGACGAGAAAAACAAAGGCAAAGAUGAUGUGAUUCGUGAAGCACCGCAGGUUCCUUCUUCGCUCUUCUUCCAGUACAACACGGCCCUGACGCCACCCUACUCCGUCCUCGUUGAUACCAACUUUAUCUCUCACACAAUUCAACACAAACUUGACGUUAUCCCAACCAUGAUGGACUGUCUGUACGCCAAGUGUAUUCCGAUCAUCACGGACUGCGUUCUUGCCGAGUUGGAAAAAUUGGGCCAGAAAUACCGUCUGGCCUUGCGAGUGGCCAAGGAUCCUCGAUUCGAGCGCAUCAAGUGUGAUCACAAGGGAACAUAUGCAGAUGACUGCUUAGUGGAUCGAGUCAUCAAGCACCGUGUCUACAUUGUGGCCACCAACGAUCGCGAUCUCAAGCGUCGUAUUCGAAAAAUCCCCGGUGCACCCAUCAUGAGUGUCGCUCGUGGUAAAUACGUGAUUGAACGACUGCCCGAUGCUCCCGAGAAGUGA